GGUUUUAUAUGUGAUUGUGUUUGUAUGAAAGGUAUAAACAAAGUUGAGUCGAGAAAAAACAAAAUAAAAAAAUUCUACUAUGUUGACUGGAAAUGUUUGAAUUCGGGAAGUAGUUAAAUAAUCUAAAACAAUUAAAUGAUAAAAGUUAAAAAAAAUCAUCUAAAACCUUUAAAAAACGUUAGCGACUACAAAAUAUGGCGAAAAGACUACAACAAAUCCCAGAAUGCUUUUCGCUCCGCCUGCGUUCCACUCUAAAAUAACGUCCGCGGGCGGAACGUUAGUGACCGUUAUGAAGCAGCUCUCUGUUUGUCACUCGCUACCAAAAACCCUUCAUUAAAUCCUCCUUUUAAACGAUGAAUAAAAUAUAUCUGUAUUUAUAUUUGUUUGUGUAUUUUUUUUUUUAUCAUGUAUCAUCUUCGCGCCAACCGAGAGCUGAACCGACUUUACCGGGCGGGUCACGGACUGUUGACGGUGUAACACCCAGACAUUAAGAAAGAAGCAGCAGCAGACAUUUCUCUCUCUCUCUUCUCCUCUUUCUCCGUUAAAUUUAGCUUUUAUUUUCAAUUCCCCGCUGAAAUAAAUCACAUUUUUAAUCCGUCAAUGAGUCGCAGAGGAGACAGCGACGAUGACAGCUGCAGUAAACGGAGAGUGGCGUACGUGUACAGCCCGGAAUACAUCGAGACCUGCGACUCUUUAUCCAAAGUACCGAACCGGGCGAGUAUGGUCCACUCACUGAUAGAAGCCUAUGGACUCCUUAAACACAUGAGCGCCAUAAAACCUCAGCUGGCCACCAUAGAGGAAAUGGCCAAGUUCCACACAGACUCUUACCUGGAGCAUCUUCACAAGAUCAGCCAGGACGGAGACAACGACGACCCCCAGUCAGUCGACUACGGCCUGGGUUACGACUGCCCAGUGGUGGAGGGGAUAUUUGACUACGCGGCAGCAGUAGGGGGCGCUACACUGACAGCAGCCCAGUGUCUCCUGGACCAAAAGUGUGACGUGGCCAUCAACUGGGCGGGGGGGUGGCACCAUGCCAAGAAGGAUGAGGCGUCUGGGUUCUGCUACGUGAACGACGCCGUGUUGGGAAUCCUCCGACUGAGGGAGAAAUACGAGAGAGUCCUCUAUGUGGACGUUGACCUGCAUCACGGAGACGGUGUGGAAGAUGCCUUCAGCUUCACAUCCAAAGUCAUGACCGUUUCUCUGCACAAGUUCUCUCCUGGAUUCUUCCCAGGUACGGGCGACCUGUGCGACACAGGGCUGGGUAAAGGUCGUUGGUACGCCGUGAACGUCCCGCUGGAGGACGGCAUCAAAGAUGACAGAUACUACCAGAUUUUUACCAG